CAAGAUUGUACGGUCUUUGUCUAUCCCAUAGGAUCACUGCCCCCAUGUCUCGCUUUGCCAGGACGCCCCCAAAGCUUGCUAAUGAGUAUCUCAAGGAGGAGAGCGCGGUCACGCCAGGCCCGUCACGUGUCAGAAUCAACCAGCUUCACGGCCAGGUCAGCGAGCUUGUCCGGAAGAAUCAAACCCUGGACAGGAAACUGGUAUCCGAGGCUACCCGCUACAAACUAGCUAUCCAGACCAAAGACGAAGAAAUCAAAGCCAUCAAGGAUGCCUCUAGGAUGGUUAAAAAGGAGCUAGAGUGGUCCAAGAAGGAGUUGGAGCAUUGUGUAUCCGAGGGAUCUUCCAUGAGAGACCAGAUCCAACUGCACUCUAGCAUUCAACAGCAAAAAGCCCUUAUAGCGCUAGCUCAAGAACAGAUGCGUGUUGUAGAGAUCGAGAAUCAGCUUUUGGAGUCGGAUAGAGCCAGAGUUUUGAGGGACCACAAAAUCUCGUUAUUUCAAGCCCGCGAAGAGGAGCUGCUAGCAGACCUCGAAGAAAGAGAUGCCAAAAUUGAUGACCUCGAGAGUAACUUGGCUAUGAUGUCUUCUUCACUCGAGGCCGAGCGUAAUACUGCCCAAUCUGCCACCUCUGCCCAACCCUCUUCCAAAGAGCUACGACAAGCCCAGACAGAGGUCCUAUCAGCUCGCGCAGAAAUUGUUUCCCUUCGGACGAAAGUAGAAGCUCUUGAGUCAAAGACGCGCGCUCUCAAGUCUAGCGAGAAGGAAGCGAAAUCUGAGCUGGAGAAUUGGUUGCGAGAAGAGGGAUCGGUCAGCAGCAGACAAAAGGAGAAGACGGAGCUUAGAACACAGAUGCGGGGUCUCGAGUCCGAGCUCGAGAAACGACUAGAAGAGGUUGAAGAGCUGAAGGAAGAUUUGAAGAAGGCAAAGAAAGAUGGGAAGGAGAGGGAGAGGCUGCUGAAGGACAAGCUGAAGGACGCCCAGGAGAAGGCGGAGAGGCUACAGGAGGAACAUGAGGAGUCCAGGGCGAGCGCUCACAAGUCUGGUACCGGGAAGGGGGACAACGCCAGGAAGGCAAGCCCAGAAGAUACUGAAUCCGAAGACGAGUCACCGAAAAAGAAGGCCAAGAAGGCUGUGUCGAACGCCAAACCUCAAUCCAAGGCCAAGCGUCCUGCAGAAUCGCCCCUAGCCUUCGACUCUGAAGCCGACAAACCCGCCACCAAGAAAGUCAAAGCUCUUUCCAAAACCCAGGCCACGCCUCUUGAGGAAUCGGAUACGGACAACAAAACCAAAUCGAGUAAGGUCAAGGUGGCCGGGAAAGACGAGGGACUCGAAGAGGAUGGCACAGACAUCUCGAAAGAUGGGGACGAGAAGAAGAAGAAGAAGAAGAGGACCUUGGGUAUCCAGCCAAAGCCGAGCUUCUCUUGGGAUCAUAUCAUGGACGUGAGUGAUGUCUGCGUAAAAUUCAAAGUGCUUUGUGCUCUCGCGCUAACGCAACCAAUCUUCAGAGUGGGGACGGGGUCAUUCCGUCCUACCUCUCCCCUGCCAAAGGUGGUGACAAGCCCACUGGUACCAUUCCUCGGAUGGGACUUUCAAUACCAAACAGGAUGAAAAGGUUCGGGUAGUAAUGACCUCUUAUCUGGCAUUGCCUUGCUGCGAAGCGGCCGGAAGGUGGAGGAUCUUGUGUGGUAGG